AUGAAAAUACUUGAACCCCCACCAGAGCCUCUUCCCAAGAGCGACAAAAGGUGGGAUUUGGUUUGGGGAUUCGGUUAUGAUUCAUCCAACGACGACUACAAGAUUGUAGUAGGCCUUGUUGUGAAUAUGGGACUUCUUAUACGGUCCAGAACACGUUUUUAUGUUUAUUCGUUAAAAACAUGUGUUUGGAAAUUCAUUGAAGAAUAUGACUAUGCAUCUGCUAGUGCAAAUACUGUUUGCGGCAUCUUAUAUGAUGGGGCACUUCACUGGGAUAUGACCAAUUCUCAAACUGAAGAGGGAGCCAUUUUUUCUUUUAAUUUAUCUCGUGAGGAAUUUACAAAGACUCAAAUGCUCCAUUCUGUAUAUCAACAUAUUACUUAUAGCUACACCCUGGGGCUCAUGGAAGGAUCUCUAUGCCUUUAUGUUGGCUCAUGGACGUCCACCGAGAUAUGGGUAUUGAAAAGCGACAAUAAUAAUAAUAGUGGAAAACAAUCUUAUUGGGAAUUGUUGCCGGAGAGUUAUGUGAUGAGUUCUCAUGGAAGAAUCUGA